CUUGUAAACAUGCAACGUCUUCCAGCACUCUCGGUGCCUUGCAGGAAGCACUGCUCCCCAUCUCUUUUCCUUCCGGUUUCACCCUCUUCCUGACCCGAAGCCAAGAUGCCUGGUGGCUACAAGGGCGAGUGCGGGGAUGACAUUGACCCCAUGCCGUUCCUGAACCCUCCCGAGAAGGAGAAGCUGGAGGCCAUGAACAAGCCCUAUGACAUCAAGAAGUCGUGCUGGGUGAAGGAUGAGAAGGAGGGUUUCGUUGCCGGGGAGAUCCAGUCUGACAAGGGCGACCAAGUCGUUGUGAAGACGGUGACCAACCAGACCCUCACCGUGAAGAAGGACGAUAUCCAGCAGAUGAACCCACCGAAGUUCUACCAGGUCAGCGACAUGGCCAACAUGACCUUCCUGAACGAGGCCAGCGUCUUAGACAACCUGCGGCAGCGUUACAGCCACAUGAGGAUCUAUACGUACUCUGGUUUGUUCUGCGUGACCAUCAACCCCUACAAGUGGCUGCCAAUCUACGGAGCCCGGGUGGCCCAGAUGUACAAGGGCAGGAAGCGUACUGAGAUGCCUCCUCAUCUCUUCUCCAUCUCUGACAAUGCCUACCACGACAUGCUCCAGGACCGUGAAAACCAGUCUAUGCUGAUUACCGGAGAAUCCGGUGCCGGCAAGACUGAGAACACGAAAAAGGUCAUUCAGUACUUUGCCAACAUCGGCAGCACGGGCAAGCAGGCUCUUGAUGGGAAGGGGUCCCUGGAAGAUCAAAUCAUCCAGGCUAAUCCUGUCCUGGAGGCUUUUGGAAAUGCCAAAACUACCAGGAACAACAAUUCCUCGCGUUUUGGCAAAUUUAUCCGAAUUCACUUCGGUACCACGGGCAAGCUGGCUGGGGCUGACAUUGAGAGCUAUCUCCUAGAGAAGUCUCGUGUCAUUUCCCAGCAGGCAGCUGAGAGAAGCUAUCACAUCUUCUACCAGAUCCUCUCUAAGAAGAAGCCUGACCUGAUUGAAACUUUGCUUUUGGUGCCUGAUUCCAAGCAUUACCACUGGAUAAGUCAGGGUGUAACUACAGUAGACAACAUGGAUGAUGGGGAAGAGCUGCUUGUCACAGAUGUGGCCUUUGAUGUUCUAGGCUUCUUGCCAGAAGAGAAGCUUGGAGUUUACAAGCUGACUGGAGGCAUCAUGCACUUUGGCAACAUGAAGUUCAGGCAGAAGGCAAGAGAGGAGCAGGCGGACGUAGACACCACGGAGGUGGCUGACAAAGUUGCCCACCUCAUGGGUCUCAACUCUGGAGAGCUCCAGAAGGGCAUCACCCGGCCCCGGGUGAAAGUAGGCAAUGAGUUUGUGCAGAAAGGGCAGAACAUGGAACAGUGCCAGAACUCCAUCGGCGCCCUGGGCAAGGCCGUCUAUGACAAGAUGUUCAAGUGGAUGGUGGUCAGAAUCAACAAGACCUUAGACACCAAGAUGCAGAGACAGUUCUUCAUCGGGGUGCUGGACAUCGCUGGCUUUGAGAUCUUUGAGUUCAACAGCUUUGAACAGCUGUGCAUCAACUUCACCAACGAGAAGCUGCAGCAGUUCUUCAACCACCACAUGUUUGUGCUGGAGCAGGAGGAGUACAAGAGAGAGGGCAUUGUGUGGGAGUUCAUUGACUUUGGCAUGGAUCUGCAGGCUUGCAUUGAUCUCCUGGAAAAGCCCAUGGGCAUCUUCUCUAUCCUGGAAGAGCAGUGUGUGUUCCCGAAGGCCACAGAUGCUACUUUCAAGGCUGCCCUCUAUGACAACCACCUAGGCAAAUCAUCCAACUUCAUGAAACCCAAGGGAGGCAAGAAAGGGCCUGAAGCCCACUUUGAGCUGGUGCAUUACGCUGGCACGGUGGGGUACAAUAUUACUGGGUGGCUGGAGAAAAACAAGGACCCCCUGAAUGAAACAGUGGUGGGCUUGUUCCAGAAAUCCAGCAUGGUACUGCUUGGUAAUCUCUUUAAAGAGGAGGAAGCUGCAGCUGGUACCAAGAAACAGAAGAGAGGCUCUUCUUUCAUGACUGUCUCCAACUUCUAUAGGGAGCAGCUGAAUAAGCUGAUGACCACUUUGCAUAGCACGUCACCCCAUUUUGUACGCUGCAUCAUUCCAAAUGAGUUCAAGCAGUCUGGGGUGGCUGAUGCCCACUUGAUCUUGCACCAGUUGGCCUGCAAUGGAGUGCUGGAAGGCAUCCGUAUUUGCAGGAAGGGCUUUCCUAACAGACUGCAGUACCCCGAGUUCAAGCAGAGAUAUCAAGUCUUGAACCCCACUGUAAUCCCUCAGGGAUUUGUGGACAAUAAGAAAGCAUCCGAAUUGCUGCUUGGCUCUCUUGAGUUGGGGGAAAAUGAGUACAAAAUUGGGCACACCAAGGUGUUCUUCCGUGCCGGAGUCCUGGCCAAACUGGAAGACAUGCGCGAUGACCGUCUGGCAAAGAUCAUGACCAUGUUGCAGAGCCGUGUUCGUGCCUUCCUGAUGAGGAUUGAGUUCAAAAAGAUGCUGGAAAGAAGGCUAGGCCUGAUGGCGAUUCAGAGGAAUGUUCGCAAAUUCCUGCAGCUGCGCUUCUGGGGCUGGUGGAAAUUGUAUAACAAGGUGAAGCCUCUGCUGAAUGUAGCCCGACAGGAGGAUGAGAUAAAGGCGAAGGAAGAGGAGCUGAGGAAUGCUAUGUCGAAGACUCAGGACUUACUUGAUCGUGUCAAACAGCUGGAGGAAAAUAUGGCCACCCUCAGCCAAGAGAAGAAUGAUCUUACCAUCCAGCUACAGGCUGAACAAGAGAACUUGACCGAUGCUGAAGAGCGGCUUACCCAGCUGAUGAAAUCUAAAAUUGACAUGGAGAGCCAGAUCUCCGAGAUGAAGGAGCGCCUGGAAGAAGAGGAGGGCACAGCCUCUUCCCUGAGUGCCCACAAGCGCAAGCUGGAAGGGGAGCUCAAUGACCUGAAGCGCGACCUAGAGGGGUUGGAAACCACGUUGGCCAAGACCGAGAAAGAGAAGCAGGCACUAGACCACCGAGUGCGAACCCUGACUUCAGAUCUCUCCGUCCGGGACGACACAAUCGCUAAACUCCAGAAGGAGAAGAGGGCAUUGGAGGAGCUGUACCAGAAAACUCUAGAUGACCUGCAAGCUGAGGAGGACAAAGUGAACCAUCUGACCAAGAACAACAGCAAACUUACCACUCAGCUACACGAGCUGGAGGACAACUGGGAACAGGAAAAGAAGAUCCGUGCCGAGGUGGAGAAGGCCCGACGGAAGGCUGAGGGUGACCUGAAAAUGACCAUUGAAAACCUCAAUGAGAUGGAGCGAGCCAAACUGGAUUUGGAGGAGGUUGUUAAGAAGCGAGACAUGGAAAUCAAUUCAAUCAGUUCUAAGGUGGAAGAUGAACAGUCUCUGAAUUCCACGCUGCAGAGGAAACUGAAAGAACACCAGGCCCGUAUUGAGGAGCUGGAGGAGGAACUGGAAGCUGAACGGGCUAUGCGAGCGAAGGUGGAGAAACAGCGCAGCGACCUCUCCCGUGACCUUGAGGAUCUCAGCGACAGAUUGGAAGAGGCCGGAGGUGCCACUACUGCUCAGAUUGAUCAGAAUCGCAAGCGUGAGGCCGAGCUGCUGAAGCUGCGGCGUGAGCUGGAGGAGGCAGCCUUGCAAAGCGAAGCCACAGCCUCGACUCUGCGCAAGAAGCACGCAGACUCCAUGGCGGAGAUGGCGGAGCACGCGGAGAACCUCCAGAGGGUCAAGUCCAAGCUGGAGAAAGACAAGCAGGUCAUGAAGGCUGAGAUCGAGGACCUCAGCGCCACCAUAGAGACCAUCCAGAAAUCCAAGCUGAAUGCUGACGCCCAUGUCCGCAAGCUGGAAGACAACUUGGCUGAGGCCAAUUCCAGGCUGGCUGAGAUGGAGAAGAACCAGGCUGAAAUUAACGCCAUCAGGACAAGACUCCAAGCUGAAAACAGUGAGCUGAGCCGGGAGCAUGAGGAAUCUCAGAGCAGGCUUACCCAGAUUGCCCGCAUGAAGACUACCCUCACCUCUCAGGUGGAUGACCUGAAGAGGCAGCUGGAUGAAGAAUCGAAGUCCCGUAGCGCCGCUGUCGUGAGCCUGGCCAACACAAAACAUGAUCUGGACCUGAUGAAGGAGCAGCUGGAGGAAGAGCAAGAGGGCAAAGCCGAGCUGCAACGCCUGGUCUCCAAACUCAACACCGAAGUCACGACGUGGAGGACCAAAUAUGAGACGGACGCCAUUCAAAGAACCGAAGAGCUGGAAGAGACCAAGAGAAAGCUGGCUGCUAGGCUCCAGGUGGCAGAGGAGACAGCGGAAGCUGCCCAAGCCCGGGCCGCCAGCAUGGAGAAAACCAAGCAGAGGCUUCAGAUAGAAGUGGAAGACCUCACGCUUGACCUGGAAAAGGCCAAUGCUGCUUGUGCUGCCCUGGACAAGAAGCAAAGGGCCUUUGAUAAGAUGCUGGCGGAGUGGCAGCAGAAAUGUGAAGAGCUGCAGGUGGAGCUGGACAAUUCCCAGAAGGAUUGCCGCAUCUACAUGACGGAAAACUUCAAGCUCAAGACUGCCUAUGAGGAAGCCCUAGAGCAUCUGGAAUCUGUUAAGAAGGAAAACAAGACCCUCCAGGAGGAGAUUAAGGAUCUGAUUGACCAGUUGGGUGAGGGAGGGAGAAGUGUACAUGAGCUACAGAAGAUAAAGAAGAAGCUGGAGGUUGAGAAGGAUGAACUGCAGAUGGCACUAGAGGAAGCAGAGUCUUCCCUGGAGGUUGAAGAAAGCAAACUGAUCCGUAUUCAGCUUGAACUAGCUCAGGUGAAAGCUGACAUUGACAGAAGAAUCCAUGAGAAGGAAGAGGAAUUUGAAGCUACAAGGAAAAAUCAUCAGCGUGCAAUUGAGUCUCUGCAGUCAAGUCUGGAGAUGGAGGCAAAGGGGCGGGCUGAAGCGCUCAGGCUCAAGAAGAAGAUGGAGACGGAUCUGAAUGAAAUGGAAAUCCAGCUGGAUCACGCCAACAGGAACAACAGUGAGCUUGUCAAGACACUGAAAAAACUGCAGCAGCAGAUCAAGGAUCUUCAGAUUCAGAUGGAUGAAGAUGCUCGCCAGCACGAGGAACUCCGGGAACAGUACAACCUCCAGGAACGCCGCCUCAGCCUGACACAGACGGAGCUGGAAGAAAUGCGCACUGGGCUGGAGGGCAGCGAGCGCUCUCGCAAACUCCUGGAGCAGGAGCUGCUAGAGAUCACUGAGAGGCACAACGAAAUCAAUGUCCAGAACCAAAGCCUGCUGGUGAUAAAGCGCAAACUGGAGUCUGACCUUAUGCGCAUUACAAGUGAACACGAGGAGAUGAUCAGCGAGUUCCGAGCGGCCGAUGAACGAGCCAAGAAAGCCAUGACUGAUGCUUCCCGCAUGGCAGAAGAGCUGCGUCAGGAGCAGGAUCACUGCAUGCACCUGGAAAAAAUCAAAAAGAACUAUGAAAUCACAAUAAAAGACCUGCAAGUCAAGAUGGAAGAGGCUGAGCAGUUGGCCUUGAAAGGAGGAAAACGUACUAUCAUGAAACUUGAGACUCGGAUUAAGGAACUGGAAACGGAGCUAGAUUCUGAACAGAAGCGUCACGUGGAGACGGUGAAAACUCUGCACAAGAAUGAACGCCGCCUGAAAGAGCUGAUCUUCCAAACAGAUGAGGACCACAAAACCAACCAGCGCAUGCAGGAGCUUGUGGAGAAGCUGCAGAACAAGCUGAAGAUUUACAAGAGACAAAUUGAGGAGGCCGAGGAGCAGGCUAACCAGAGCAUCGCGAAGUACAGAAAGACGGUGCACGAGCUGGAUGAUGCAGAGGAAAGGGCUGGAAUGGCUGAAUCGGCGCUAAACAAAUUGCGCACCAGGCACCGUGUCUCUGCGACCAAGGGAUUCACCUCUGUGGAGAUCAUCCAAGUGUCGAAGUCCUCUGCUUCCAAGUCCGCUUCUGGGGAAUAGACACCUAUGCUCUGAACCUGCAGCUGGGUGACACCCAUCUUCCCAACAGCUGCCCAUUGCAAGAUUGCUGCCCUAGUGAUGAAUUGAAAAUAGCAGUCUAGAGCCAUCAAGAAGACACCUACAUAGGGAGAGAGAGAUGGAAACAAAGAAUGUACAUGUAUCUCUGGGGAGAAAAGAAUGACCUGUGUGUUCCCAUCACUGGAGAGCUUGAAACCAGUACUUUCCCCGACUGGAUUAAACCACAAAAUCAUAUAGGUCUGGCUGUUAUCAGUUGAAAUGAGUCUGUUUUCAUGUGGAUUUUACACUUUCACGUCAAGGACGGAAGGUGUAAAGCAUCUGUGUGACGUGGGCUGUCUCUUGUAAAUAAUUCCUCACACUAAUAGUCUUAAUGCAUAGUCUUAAUAAAGCUUACUG